GCCAAGGCCAGGCUGAGUGGCCAGCCAAUCGUCUGCCAUGCGACCGCUCCCCGCGCUGGGCCCUGCCUGCCCACCCAGGCUGCCCAUCACCCCGCCUCAUAUCGCCCCGCCCUGUUCAUCCCAUCUCUCCUCCGCCCCCCAUGCCCGACUCGCUCUCCCUCGCGCCCCUCCUCGGCCUCCUCCUCUGCGCCGCCGUCUACGCGCUGCUCCCCGCCCACCUGAAGGCCCGCCGCCCGCCGCUCCCCCCGGGCCCGACGGCGUCCCUCUUCGCGUCCCCGCUCCCCAGGCUGUACCCGUGGAAAGUGUACGCUGAAUGGCGCAAGACGUACGGCGAUCUCAUAUACAUCCGCGUCUUCGGGAACCCGAUCCUCGUCGUUAAUUCGGCCAAGGCGGCCUCUGACCUGCUCGACAAGCGCAGCAGCAUAUACUCCUCGAGGCCAUACAGGACCAUGGUCAGCAAGCUUAUGGGCUGGGACUGGCUAUUCUCCACCGUCCCCUACGGCCCAUGGUGGAAGCAGCACAGAACACUCUUCCACCAGUACUUCAACACCAACACGGCCCCCAACUACCACCCCGUCCAGUUCAAAGAGACCUGCGUGAUGCUUCAGAACCUACUGACGACCCCCGACAACCUUGCCCACCACAUCCGGCGGACCGCUGCGGCGAUCAUCAUGCAAAUCAUCUAUGGUCACAGCGUCGUUCCCGAGGGCGACGUCUUCGUUACCCUCGCCGACCGCGCACUGGAAACGCUCGGUCAUGCCGGCAUCUUCGGGACGUACCUCGUCGACUACCUCCCGCUACUGAGAUAUGUCCCUGCGUGGAUGCCGGGCGCGGCGUUCAAGCGCAAGGCGUUGGAAUGGCGCAGACUGAACCGCGCGAUGCUGAACGAGCCGUACGCGAUGGUCAAGGAGCGGACGGCCCGCGGCACCGCCGUUCCAUGCUUCGCGACGGCGGAGGUAGAGAGGUGGGUGCAGUCUGGACAAGACCCGGAGCACGAACGGGUAAUCAAAGGCGUCGCUGCGACCGCAUAUGCAGCUGGCGCAGACACCACCGUCUCCGCGAUCCAAGCCUUCUUCCUCGCCGCGACCGUCUACCCCGACAUGUACAAGCGGUGCCAGGCCGAGCUCGACCGCGUCGUCGGGCCCGACCGCCUGCCGACCUUCGCAGACCGGCACCUGCUCCCGUACGUCGACUGGGUCGUCUGGGAGUGUCUCCGGUGGAACCCAGUCGCCCCGCUCGGCGUCGCACACAGCCUGACGGAGGACGACGUCUACGACGGGUACCGGAUCCCCGGGGGCACGACCGUCCUCCCGAACACAUGGGGUAUCCUCCACGACGAGGCGGCGUACCCCGACCCACACCGGUUCGCCCCCGAGCGCUAUGCAGACGCGAAGACGAACGCGGAGCGCGGCGUCAACGAGCCGCCGCUCGCGGCCUUCGGGUUCGGCAGACGGAUAUGCCCCGGACGGUGGCUCGCGAUGGACAACAUAUGGAUCGCAGUCGCCACUGUCGCUGCGGUGUUCGAUAUCUCGAAGGAGCUGGACGAGCACGGCGUGCCUAUCGAGCCGUCGGGCGAGUUUACGUCUACGAUGCUCAGCCGACCGCCGCCGUUCCCAUGUAGGAUCACACCACGUUCGGGAGCGGCGAAGAGGCUCAUUGAGCAGUCGGUGGAUGCGGACUGAGGGAGACUUAUGUUGGCGGUUGACGAUAUCAUAUGCCGUAUCAUAUUUUGACCAUGUAGCCUACAAUCAUAUUACGACGCUUACGAUGAGACUUGUGGAACACCGCCG